CGGAACCGAUGUUAUAAGGGACCUGAUACAUUUAUGACUCUUGUUGGUCCCAACAAAAAUGGAUCUUACUUGUGUUGUGCGUCGUGAUAUCAAACUGCUCAGCAAAAGAAAAUGUAACUUUUCCGAUGCCGUUUUCCAUUCAUCGCAAUCGGUCGACAUUUUCCCUGAUCGGGAACUCACGGCAUCGUUUACUAUAGCCAAGAACAAGGAAAUCGGAGUUCAAUGCCAGGCUUGUGAUAUAUCAGCUCUUCACAUCAAUACGGAAUGUGCUUCGACCGAGAAUCGAGGAGUUUAUCACAAAGAAGGCGGUUGGCCUCGCGACGUCAAUCCCCAUGAAUCCGAUCAAACGGCUCGUUAUCGCAAGAAAAUCGAGAAGGAUGAAGCUUAUUCUCACGCUGUGCUUAAUCUCGGACAGCAAAUGGAACAUUACAUCAAACAAAACAACGUGUUUAACAUCUACGAGGAUUAUUUUACUGAUGCUCCCGAUGUACAAACGCCAGAUCCGAAUCCCCUACGAACCAUUCAUAUGUUAAAGGAUCCGUCGCCGAUAAAACGCGCAGUCACUGGUCUUAGUUGGAGUCCCGAUGGAGGAACCAAAUUGGCCGCUGCUUAUUCAGAUCCUUUUUGGAAAAAUCUUUUUGAUUACAAGGAAAACGAUUCUUACAUCUGGAAUAUUGAAAGGGCAGUGCAGCCGGAAGUUGUUUUACGCAGCAUGAGUCAACUACGUUCAGUCUCAUUCAAUCCGCGUGACCAACACAUUUUAGCUGGUGGAACAAUUUUUGGCGCUGUGGGAAUUUGGGACGUUCGUAAGAGUCAAGGUCCAGUCGAAUGCGUCCCCAUUGGUGUGGGUCAUUCGGAAAGUGUCACUUCGCUUAUUUGGAGCAAUUCAAAGGCUGGAGGAGAAUUCUUCUCCGCCUCUGGCGACGGCCAAGUUCUUUGGUGGGACAUGCGAAAAUUAAAUGCGCCAAUAGACGCAAUUUUACUGGAUCCCAGUUCAAACCCUCGAUCAGAAAGCGCUUUAUCUGCUAGUUGUCUCGAGUACGAUCCUUCUAUGCCAAACAAAUUCCUAGUUGGAACACGUCAAGGUAUUGUGAUGAAUUGCAACAGAAGAGCCCGAACAACAGCGGAGAGGAUAAUGUGCCAAUACGAGGCACACUUGGGCCCAGUUCACGGUCUACAUCGCCACCCACAACUGCCCAAAAUCUUUUUGACAGUCGGAGAUUGGACCACGAAUGUUUGGACCGAGGACAUUCGCGAUUCGCCCAUUUUAACUUUAAAGAAUCAAAAUGUCCAGUUACUGGCCGGAGCGUGGAGUUACACACGGCCGUCCGUCAUAUUCACUGCUGCAACCGACGGUGCUCUUUACCUGUGGGAUAUUCUAGCCCAGCGGCUCAAUCCUACGUUAUGCACACAGGUUAGCGAUUCCCCGCUUUUAAGUCUGAGCACCCAAGAACAGGGAAAAAUCAUGGCAGUUGGCAGCAAAGACGGGCGCUUGUCCGUUAUUCAAAUAAGCGAAAAUUUGUCGUCGGUUACCAAAAACGAUAAAGCAGCGCUCACCUCGUUACUGGAACGAGAAACCCGACGAGAAAAGACUUUGGAGCAGCGGACUAAAGACGGCAAGGGUAAACAAGGAUCCAAAACGGCAUCUGGAUUUCAUAUGGCAGUUACGUCAGUCACACAGUCAACUGGCUCAUUGGUGGUUCAGCAACCUCCGUCUCCCACCUCUCCAUCUAAAAAAAUGUUUGAGAGUUUGAAGGAAACACUCCAAGCACUAAAUAAUAAGGAGAAUACAAGCGACAACGAGGCUGUACAAAAUGGUAUCGAACCUUCUGCUGAUAUGAUGCCAGCCGUUGAUAACCAGGGAAGUCAAAUCAACUUAUCCAUCUCCCAGCCAGUGGAACCCACCGUGGAUCAAACCCUACAAUCAGCCGAAGAUGCUUUCUUUGAAACUAUGAAUCAGGAUAUCCUUUCCCGUGGAAUCGACGAUAAAUAAAAUGUCUUUGUUAAAUAAGCGUC